GGGACAGGCGCUGAGAUUUAAUCCUUUCAACAGACACCAACAAAAACCUAUUACAGUAGAGACGGAGAUCUCAUCUUCCACCACAAAAUUCUUCAUUCCAUUCCAGAAUUCUCAAAACCCCGUAAUCACCAUGCGUCCUUCAAGAUUCUUCCUUUUGACCCUCACGCUUUUUCUCCUACUCUCCUCUUCCAUUGCAUCAGAUCCCACAAGCAAUGACGCCCAAAAUGAUGAUUCUGAUGAUCUCGAACAACUUCUAGCCUUAGAUGAGCAGGAGGACCGAGAACAGGGGCAGGAACAAGAAGGGGGUGGUGGUGGUGGUGGUGGAAGGUUAUCAGAGGCAGAGGUGUUGGCUAAAGCACAGAGGAUAGUUCUUGAGCUUGAUAGUGAUAAUACCAAGAGGGUCAUUGAUGGGAAUGAGUAUGUGAUGGUUCUUGGGUAUGCUCCCUGGUGUGUGAGGAGUGCUGAGCUUAUGCCUCAGUUUGCUGAGGCUGCGAACUCCUUGAAGGAAUUGGGAAGUCCCCUUUUGAUGGCUAAACUUGAUGGUGACAGGUACCCUAAGGUGGCUUCCAUGCUUGAUGUAAAGGGGUUCCCUACUCUGCUUCUGUUUGUUAAUGGGACUUCUCAACCUUAUACUGGUGGAUUUACUGCGGAAGAAAUAGUGAUAUGGGCAAGGAAGAAAACUGGUGUGCCAGUCGUGAGACUGAACACAGUAAUUGAGGCAGAACAUUUUCUUAAGAAGUAUCAUAUGUUUGUGAUUGGUCUGUUCGAGAAAUUUGAGGGACCUGAUUAUGAAGAAUUUGUGAAGGCAGCAACCUCUGACAAUGAAAUCCAGUUUGUUGCAGUGAACAGCAUUGAGGUUGCAAAAGUUUUUUUCCCAGAUAUCAAAGCUAAUAACUUAUUCCUUGGGAUUGUUAAAAGUGAACCAGAGAGAUACACUUUAUAUGAAGGAAGCUUUGAGAUCGAUAAAAUAUUGCAGUUUCUGGAUUACAACAAGUUUCCACUGGUUACUAAAUUGACUGAAAUGAAUUCUGUCAGAGUACACUCCAGUCCUGUCAAACUACAGGUUUUUGUCUUUGCGAAAGCUGAUGACUUCAAGAAUCUUCUUGAGCCUCUUCAGGAUGUUGCAAGAAAGUUCAAAUCAAAGAUAAUGUUUAUAUAUAUAGACAUCGCAGAUGAAAACCAGGCUAAGCCCUUUUUGACUUUGUUUGGACUUGAGGAUUCAGAUAGCACUGUGGUGACAGCAUUUGAUAACAAAGUCAACUCAAAGUUCUUGUUGGAGUCUGACCCAACAACAAGUAAAAUUGAAGAUUUCUGCUCAGGACUUUUGCAGGGUACUUUGUCACCUUACUACAAAUCGCAGUCAAUACCCAAUAAUGAGAAUGCAAGUGUCCUGACCAUUGUUGGAAAGACAUUUGAUGACUUAGUCUUGAACAGCCCCAAAAAUGUUCUUUUAGAGGUGUACACGCCUUGGUGCGUCAAUUGUGAGACAACAAGCAAGCAAACGGAGAAGCUGGCUAAGCACUUUAAAGGUUUGGAUAACCUAGUCUUCGCUAAGAUAGAUGCUUCAGUUAAUGAACAUCCAAAACUUGUGGUGGAUGUGUACCCAACUCUCUUUUUUUACAAGGCUGGGGAUAAAGGCAACCCGAUCAAAUUUUCGACAAAAAUGAGUUCGAAAGACUUGGCAGGAUUGAUUAACAAACAUUUGAAAGGAAAAGAUCAAGUCAGCAAAGAUGAACUAUAGAAAGUACAAGACUAGAUGAACAAUAGAAAGUAUGAGACUAAGAGUGCCUGACAUUUUAAGAGAGAACACCAAGAAGGUAAGAAAGGCGAAAAGGAUUCAUUGCUGGAUUAAUUAAUCAGCAGAAUCCAGGAAGAAGCAAAUCCGAGUUCUUCCAUAUCAAGUUUCUUUGCCUUUAAUACACAUUUUAAAACUACAAUGAUUUUAAGUGGUGAUAAAUAAUAUAAUCAUUAAUUAGAAGAUUUGAGAAAAUUUGUUUUUCUGUAACUUGGUUCUAUUGAUUUGAGAAAGAUUAAUGGAUACAGUUGGCGAAGAAAAAAAUGGAUGCAGAAAAUGUUGUUCUUGAGAAGAGCUCUUCAAUGUUAUUUGGGAAAUAGUACGGAUAAGGACCCUCAACUUUCAAAGUUCCCAAACAUUUUUUGGUUCCUAAUUGAGUUCAACUUUAUAGGUUUCCUAUUCAAGUACUCAAAACUUAACAAUUUUACAAUUCAAGGCCUUGUUGUAAUAUUGAUGUGAGCUUCUUCUUUCUAUUGCAGUGGCUCACAAUUCUGUUAAAAUGGCUGAAGUCUCACAAUUUUAUUAAAAUAUCGCACAUUAA